AUGGCAUUGAAAGCAGCAACCAGUGACCAGGUAAUGGGACUAAAAGCAGCAACCAGAGAUCAGGUAUUGGGAUUGAUAGCAGCUAUCAGAGAUCAGGUAAAGGUAUUAAAAACAGCUAUCAGAGAUCAGGUAAUGGGAUUGAAAGCAGCUACCAGAGAUCAGGUAAUGGGAUUGAAAGCAGCUACCUGA